AUGGCAACCCAGCAAGACGUGAAGCUGAACUGGACAACUUGUGGGAGAGUUACCGCAGCUGGUGCGAAGAAUCAGGAGUGGUUGACCGUGCGGCCCGCAGACUCUUCUCCUCAGCGACACUCCACCCCAAGUCGAAGGACUACUUGCAAAUAUCGCAGAAGCUUCUCUCUGCUGGGGCUGCAAGAUAUGCUAUAUUCUGGCUCUCAAGUCUUCUGA